AUGCCUCGCAAGCUUUCGUUGACGAUAGAAGAGAUUAAACACAUAUUAGGCCCAAACACUACCGAUGCAUUGGUGGAGGAUUGGAAGGCAAAGUUACGGAGAAUGAUAGGCGACUAUUUCGAUUUAGACAGGACAUACGGUGAUCAGCCUGAACAUGAAGCCAUGGCUGAUGAAGAGCUAGCCGUUUUAUAUCCCAUGUUAUACGACGAAGCGGAUGUCAACGUUGCUCUUCGAAAGGAAUUGGCUCACAUUGUACAUGUCCAAAAUUUUCGGCAACAAUAG